UGCGUUUCCGUAGCCACUUUGCUACCCGCUGAGCCCUGGUUGGGGAAGGAGCUGGCGGAAACGAUUGAUCCCGGUCGACUAAACGCCAAAGCUGGCAACAUAAAUGGCGCAUUAGGGCUGAUAUCGAAAGGGACUCUUUAAACCAAUGUUCGUGACGCGGGCGCUUUUGGAGAAUGCGCGGGCAACACCCUCCGUAACAUGUGAGAUGUGUACAGAAAGGUAUUAACUGUGCGUUAUUUCGGCUAACUAGCUAGCAGCUACCCCCCUCUCUAUCCAAUUUAUGGUAGCUCGCUUGAUCUGUUUUUUCAAACGUCGCUUGUGUACCGGAGGAAAAUGAAGAAGUUUAAUAUUCGGAAGGUGCUGGACGGCUUGACAGCGGCUUCUUCCUCCUCCUCCGCAACUGCUCAGCCGGGUACUCCCAGGGAAAAUGAUGUUGUCCAGGAGACUUUACAGUCGGAACAUUUCCAGCUUUGCAAGACUGUGCGUCAUGGCUUCCCAUAUCAACCAUCCUCAAUGGCUUUUGACCCCGUACAGAAAAUCUUGGCCAUUGGGACUCAGACUGGAGCUUUGAGGCUCUUUGGCCGUGCAGGCGUGGAGUGUUACUGUCAGCACGAGAGCGGUGCCGCUGUCAUCCAGCUCCAAUUCCUGAUCAACGAGGGGGCGCUGGUGAGUGCCUUAGCUGAUGACAGCAUCCACCUGUGGAACCUGAGGCAAAAAAUCCCGGCUAUCCUGCAUUCGCUCAAGUUUAACAGGGAGAGAAUCACAUACUGCCACCUGCCCUUCCAGAGCAAAUGGCUGUACAUCGGCACAGAAAGAGGAAACAUCCACAUUGUCAACGUGGAGUCCUUCACUCUCUCAGGCUACGUUAUUAUGUGGAACAAAGCCAUCGAACUAUCCACCAAGACACACCCAGGGCCUGUUGUGCACAUCAGUGAUAACCCCAUGGAUGAGGGCAAGCUUCUGAUUGGAUUUGAGACUGGGGUAGUCGUGUUGUGGGAUUUGAAGUCCAAAAAAGCUGACUACCGCUACAAUUAUGACGAGGCAAUCCACUCAGUCGCCUGGCACCAUGAGGGCAAGCAGUUUGUUUGCAGCCACUCCGAUGGCACUUUGACCACGUGGAAUGUACGAACCCCGGCCAAGCCUGCACAGAUCAUCACACCACACGGAAAGCAGCCUAAGGAUGGAAAAAAGCCAGAACCAUGCAAGCCUAUCCUGAAAGUGGAGUACAAAACAACAAGGGCUGGGGACCCAUUCAUGGUGCUGUCUGGAGGUCUGUCUUAUGAUACAGUGGGGAGGAGAGCCUGUCUGACUGUGAUGCAUGGAAAGAGCACUGCUGUUCUGGAGAUGGACUACCCCAUUGUGGAUUUCCUUACACUGUGUGAAACUCCAUAUCCAAAUGACUUUCAGGAGCCUUACGCUGUGGUAGUCCUACUUGAGAAAGAUUUGGUCGUAAUAGAUCUCGGACAGAUUGGAUAUCCCAUAUUUGAAAAUCCAUAUCCUCUGGCUAUCCAUGAGUCACCGGUGACCUGCUGUGAGUAUUUUGCCGACUGUCCUGCUGAACUUAUUCCUGCACUUUACUCUGUCGGCUGUCGGCAAAAGAGGCAAGGUUACAGUAAGAAGGAAUGGCCCAUUAGUGGUGGAAACUGGGGCCAAGGCACACAGAGUUACCCAGAGAUUAUAAUCACAGGACAUGCUGAUGGGUCAAUCAAGUUUUGGGAUGCUUCUGCAUUAAUGCUCCAAGCACUGUACAAGCUGAAGACUGCCAAGGUGUUUGAGAGGGCUCGUGGAAAGGAGGAGAAGCCAAACACAGAUAUAGUAGAUGAAGACCCGUUUGCCAUCCAGACCUUGUCAUGGUGUCCUGAGAGCAGGAUGCUUUGCCUGGCUGGAGUAUCUGCUCAUGUUAUCGUCUAUAGAUUCAGCAAACAAGAAAUCACCACUGAAGCUGUUGAGCUCUUGGAGGUGCGAAUGCAGAGUGAAUUUAGUGACGUGGACUCCCCUGACCCAGGAGGAGACCAGACCCCCACUUUGCCAACCUCGGGAGCUUCCUCCAGCCCUCAGGAGAGCGAGCCUCCCACUCAGCCAUUGACAGGCAGCAACUCCUCUGAUGGCCCACGAGACAAUAUACCAUGCCUGCAGGUGCGGAGCUCCCCACUGAAGCAGUCUCCGGGGUAUCAGGUGGAACUGGUGAUCCAGCUGGUGUGGGUGAGUGGGGAGCCACCUCAGCAGAUCACCAGCCUGGCAAUCAAUUCCUCCUAUGGCCUUGUGGUGUUUGGAAACAGUAAUGGUCUGGCUGUGGUGGACUACCUCCAGAAAACUCUGCUUCUCAAUAUGGGCACGUCAGAGCUGUACAGCCCAUCUGACCCCUAUCAGAGGCAGCCUCGCUCCCCACGUAAAGCAAAGCCUGCUGGAGCGAUUUGUGAAUCCAACGAUGGGUCCAACACCUCAGAGGACCGCUGCAGAUCACCUACUUCAGGCUCUCCCUCGCCCUGCAAUUCUGAUGAUGACAAAAAGCAGAAGUUCAUAGAGAAGGUGAAAUGCAAAAGCAGACGCUUUUCCAAGACGGUUGCCAAUGACUUUGCCAAGAUGUCACGGAAAAUUAGCUUGUCUUGUGAGCAAAAGACUGAUAUGGGAAAGGCUGGGUUCCAACGAUGGCGCCCUCUGACAUGUAAGAAGCAAUUGUGUUGUGUGAAAAGAGUGCCAGCAGCCAGGAUGAACCUGAAGCAGGACCUCUCUAGAACCCAGUCAGACCCCAUUUUCUAUGCCAAGGAUAAUUCAUUCACCCGCUCACGUAGUUCAAGUGUAACCAGCAUAGACAGAGAAUCUCGAGAGGCCCUCUCCUCCUUUUACUUCUGUGAGAGUUUCCCGAGAAAGACAGACAGUCUGGUCAGCCCCUGUCUGCUCGUGGGGACCACCCAAGGCUCUGUGAUGAUGGUGGCCCUCAGCCUGCCACCCGGUGGGGACCAGAGGUUGCAGCAGCUAGUUGGCAUUGCCUCCUGUGGUACCUUGGUCAGACUCAAAGGAGGCAUUUUGACUAUGGCCCUGCUGGAUGCAACUGGAACUCUGCUGCCCCCUUCCUUUGAGCAGUGGUAUGACCCAAAUGCCUCAGAUGAAGAAAAAGAGAAGGGCCGGAAGCGCAGGCCAGCCUCUCCUGCCUCGUCACAAGAGGGCCAGGAGCCUCAGUUUGCCAUACUGUGUUCAGAGAAACAGGCCAAGGUGGUGGCCCUGCCCUCCCAAACUCGCAUCUACAAACACAGCAUCACAGAGACUUCCUUCGUACUGAGGGCUGAUGUUGUGCAGAUGGCUGGGGCUAACUGCAUCGCCUGUUUCUGUGCUAAUGGGCAUAUAAUGACUCUGAGUUUGCCUAGUUUGCGUCCGCUUCUGGAGGUGAACUACCUGCCACUGACAGACAUGCGGAUAGCAAGAACAUUCUGCUUCUCUAACCUGGGUCAGGCUCUGUACCUCAUCUCCCCUACUGAGAUCCAGAGGAUCACCUACAGCCAGGAGACCUGUGACAACCUGCAGGAGAUGCUCAGUGAGUUAUUUACCCCAGUGGAGACACCAGAGGCUCCAAACAGAGGUUUCUUCAAAGGCCUUUUUGGGGGAGGAGCUCAGUCUCUGGACAGAGAGGACCUCUUUGGCGAAACAGCUGCAGGUAAGGCCUCUCGUAGCCUGGCGCAACACAUCCCUGGGCCAGGCAGCAUGGAAGGCAUGAAGGGGGCAGCGUCAGGAGUUGUGGGAGAGCUUGCCCGUGCCAGAAUAGCUCUGGAUGAGAGAGGACAGAAGCUGGGCGAGCUGGAGGAGAGAACAGCAGCCAUGAUGGCCAGUGCAGAGUCCUUCUCCAAACAUGCACAUGAUAUGAUGUUGAAAUACAAAGAUAAAAAGUGGUACCAGCUCUGAUGGCAGCGUGUGAAAAGUAUGGAGCAUCGGACUCUGUAAUUUCGAACAUCAGUGUCUCUGAGGAGCUGCAGGUCCCUCUACUUCUUUUCUCCAUUUUUCUCCACAAGGGAGUUCUGCGCAAGAGAAUCAUGAACCACCCCCCCACACACACCCCCCCAGCACAAUACCAUCACUCUGCAUUACCUCAGUCACCCGAGGACCUCUGCAGAGCAGACACUGUCCAGUGCAAUUCAAUGAGAAUGGAAAGAAAUGAAAGAAGAGAAGCUUUUAGGAGUGUCUUUCCAUUUCACCUGAGAGCAAUGACGUUCAAUUAACAUCAGUCCACAGAGCAGGAGAGGGGGGGGCCUAUCAUAUAUUCAUCAGGCACUCGUAUGUCUUUCUUAUAUAUAUAU